UCUUCUGUUAUGUAAACAGGCGAAUAUCAGAGAGGGUCCGCUAGAGAUCACACUGGUAUGUCGACACACACACGGAGCUUUGAUUGUAUGCCAGAGAACAUCGAUUUUUUAACAAGUAAACAUAGUCUCGGGUUAUUCAGACAUUCGGUGUUCAUGUUACUGGUAUAGUACGAGGACGUGAGACGGUCAACACUUCAGGCAAGACUAACUGACCAUAUUCAAUGAUCAACAAAAUGUCAUUUAGUGACAUCAAAGCUGAACUUUUGCAAAAGGGAGCCCUAUUUGUGGACAAUGACUUCCCGGCCAACAGUCAGUCUUUGUGCAAACACCACCGUCAGGACCAAGUGAUAUGGAAAAGACCCGCUAUGAUAGUAAAAUCUGGAAACCCUCACUUCGUGGUGAAGUCAUCAUCUCGUUUUGACUUCGACCAGGGAGCUUUAGGUGACUGCUGGUUUAUUGCUGCGGCCGCUACCCUCGCCUCAUCUCCACAGGACAACUUCAGAAAGGUUGUACCUGUCAACCAGUCCUUUGAUGAUGGUAGUUAUGCAGGUAUAUUUCUCUUUCGUUUCUGGUCAUACGGCGCCUGGCGAGAUGUAGUGAUCGACGAUUAUCUCCCUUGUAAUGAAGCGGGGCUCCUGUACUGUAGGAACCGAGAGGAACCAAAUGAGUUCUGGGCUGCCCUGCUGGAGAAGGCAUUCGCUAAGUUCUAUGGUUCCUAUCAACGCCUUGAGGGUGGUUUCAUCCAUUAUGCCUUAUUGACCUUGACGGGCGGGAUCACUGAAGUGGUAGACUUGGACAGCACCUCCCUUCCCUCCCCUCACAGACUCUACCACAUGCUGGCAAGAUCACACGCCAUGAACGCAUUCAUAGGAGGUGCUAUAUUUAAACCAAAGGGCAGCGGAGCUCGUGAGAUAAAGAAGAAAAACGGGCUGUUCAUGGGGCAUGCUUACAGCGUGACAGGCUUCCAACAGGUGAUGUUUGAGUCACAGACGGUGUAUUUACUGAGGGUGAGAAACCCGUGGGGCAAGGGAGAGUGGAGAGGCAUGUGGUCCGACAGAUGGUUACAGCGAGCUCAUUUUUCUGAAGAACAGAGGCGUUUGCUUAACGUCAAAGGCCUGAGGCACGACGGAGAGUUCUGGAUUUCCAUUGAAGACUUUAUGGAGAAUUUUAACCAGAUACAGAUGUGUCACUUAGAGCCCGAUUCCAUGCUUUCUGAAGUCGUAUCCGACAUGAAGCAGGACGACUGGAAACUGGUGUCUUACCAUGACUCCUGGACAGAGACAGACCCCCCGCAGACCGGCUGCUGCUUUUCAUCCACAAACCUGGCGUCUCAGUUUCCCAACCCUCAGUUUUACUUCCUAGUGAAGCAGCCUACUCAGGGACGCUCCGCUACUGUGGUGAUAUCCCUUAUGGAGAAGGAAGUGCGUCAGUCAUUACAACCACAGAUCUACAUAAACUUCUUCCUUUACAAGUUACAAAGCCAUCUCCCGGAGAGGAUCACACAUAACAUUGGCCACCGAGUAAAGCUGGUUGGACGCGGGAGUAAGCAGUAUGCUUUCUUUAAAGAGAUUUCCGCCCGUUUCACUCUUGAUCCCGGAUGCUAUAUCAUCGUACCAGAGACAUUUAGAGACGAUGCCGAAGCAAACUUUCUUCUCCGCAUAUUCUCGAAAGGGACAGUUGAAUCAGGAAAAAUAUAGCCAGAGAAUAUAUGCGAACGUGUCAGUCCGUCAGUUUUUCAGCAGAAGCAGGGUAUGGUCACAACUUAGUUUGUGGUUGUGCUGUUGUGUAAAGGUGGGACAUACCCGGAUUAUUUAGCCACAGGUGCCUAUCCAAGCUGGGAAACACCCGGAUUAUUUAGCCGCAAGCGACUUUAAACGCUGGGACACACCCAGAUCAUUUAGCCUCAGGCGCCUUUUAACGCUCUGACAGACCCGGAUCAUUUAGCCACUGGAGCCUUUAAACGCUGGGACAGACAUAGAUCAUUUAGCCACAGGUGCCUCUAAACGCUGAGACACACCAGGAUGAUUUAGCCACAGGCGCCUUUCCACCCUGCUCAAUCUCGACAAGAUGGGACAGACCCGGAUCAUUUAGCCACAGGCACCUUUCAACGCUAGGUCAGACCCUGGUCAUUGAGCCACAGGUGCCUUUAAACGCUGGGAUAGGCCCGGAUCAUUUAAUCACAGGCGCCUUUCCACCCUGCUCAAUCUCGAUAAGAUGGGACAGAUCCCGAUCAUUUAGCCACAGGCACCUUUCAACGCUAGGUCAGACCCUGAUCAUUGAGCCACAGGUGCCUUUAAACGCUGGGAUAGGCCCGGAUCAUUUAAGCACAGGCGCCUUUCCACCCUGCUCAAUCUCGAUAAGAUGGGACAGACCCGGAUCAUUUAGCCACAGGCGUCUUUA